CCCAGCCAGACAGCUACUUCGUGACAAGUUUCCUUGCUGCUGAGCCCAGACUACCUGAUGCUGGCCACCAUGGCUGAUCCUGCAGCAGAAGAACACACAUCCCAAGUCAGUGAACUCUGCAGUGAAUGUGGUCAGUUCCAUCUCUUGCUGGACAAUCAUCUCUACAACUUCCAGGAUGAAGUGGACGAUGAACUCAUCUGCCACAUCUGCCUUCAGCCUCUGCUGCAGCCCAUGGACACCCCCUGUGGACAUACAUACUGUUUCAAGUGCCUUGAGAACUUCAUGCAGGAGUAUAACUUUUGUCCCAUGGACCGGAAGAAGCUCUCAUUCCAGCAGUGCCACAAGUCCAGCCUUCUGGUCCGGAACCUCCUGGACAAGCUGAUUGUCUUCUGUCCUUUCAAGGAUGAGUGUCAGCAGACAAUGCAGAGGUGUGAACUAGAAGCUCACCUACAGAACAGGUGUCCUGGGUUCAAGAAGUACAAAUCUGAACUACAGCAGAAGAAGAAUCCUGUUUCUAAAGGGAAGGAAGAUCCUCCUGCCAAGGUGGAGACCAACACACCCAAGGAUCCAGAGGUACCAAGUGGAGGAUCAUCACUCGUGGCAGAAAGCUCUGCAGCUGCUGUGGUAUCACUGGGGACUGCAGAACCUGGACUGGUUAAUCCAGCUUUUGAGGAGACAGAAGAAGACCUUCCUCAGAGGACUAGUCUGGUGGCUGAAACAACCACAAUUGAAAUUCACCGGGAAGACCCAGAGGAGGAGCUGGGGAUGAGGAUAGUUGGGGGUAAAGACACCCCCCUAGGAAACAUCGUUGUUCAGGAAGUCUUACGAGAUUCUGUCAUCGCUGCAGAUGGAAGAAUAGCACCUGGGGACCAUAUUCUUGAGGUGAAUGGCGUCAACAUCAGCAGUGUGACUCACUGCCAAGCUGUCUCCUUCCUGCGCCACCCAGGUCCUGUUCUCCACCUCAUGGUCCUGCAGGAGAAGGGGUUUUCCAACAAGUCUGCACAGCAGGAUUCCACUUCUGCUGCAAACCGGGAAGUGAUCCACGUUACCUUGAUAAAGAGAGACCGAUCCGAACCCUUGGGCAUCAAACUCAUCAGGAAGACUGAUGAGGCAGGGAUUUUUAUUCUAGAUCUGUUAGAGGGAGGUUUGGCAGCCAAAAAUGGAAAGCUGAGUCGGAAUGACAGAGUCCUGUCGAUAAAUGGCCAGGAUUUGAGGCAAGGAACACCUGAGGCUGCUGCACAGAUCAUCCAGACCACUGAAUCCAGAGUGAACUUUGUCAUCUUGAGGCAGCCAGGCAUGCAGCUGUCAGACCCAGUAGAAGAUAGCAGCACCUCCAACAACAGCAGCAGUAGCAGCAGCAGCAGCAGCAGCAAUGGAGGAAGCCCAGUGCACCAUCGCAGACGAGUGGACCAGAACCACUACAGAAGAAAAUCUCACUACCAGAAGGAUUUACCUCAGGGAUACAUCAGUCACGAGAAGACAGUUGCAAUAAAAAAGGAACCAAAGGAAUCUUUAGGAAUAACCAUUGGAGGUGGAAGGGAUAACAAAAACAAGCUCCCUAUAUAUGUAACGAGCGUGCAGCCCAUUGGCUGCCUCUUCAGGGACGGCCGGAUCAAGCGAGGAGAUGUACUUUUGAGCAUCAAUGGCAUUGAUCUGACUCAUCUGAACUACUAUGAAGCUGUUGCAGCAUUGAAAUCUAAUGCAGCUUCCCACUCAGUUGUACUGAAAGCCUUGGAAAUCCUUUCUCUGAACUCGCCAGAGCCAUCUUCAGACAUCAAGGAGCAGGGAUUUGGCUGGUCUCCCCUCUGGAUCACAUGGCUUGGAUUGCCCAGCUACCUGCACUGCUGUCAAGAUAUUGUCCUCAGUAAAGGGAACCUGGAAAGCUGGGGCUUCAGCAUCGUGGGAGGCUUUGAGGAGAGCAAAGGAAACCAACCAUUCUUCAUCAAAACCAUCGUGCCUGGGACUCCUGCCUUCCGGGACAGGAAGCUGAAGUGUGGAGAUGAAAUUGUGGCAGUAAAUGGAGUGCCAGCAAUAGGAAUGAGCAACUCUGAACUCAUCCCGAUGCUGAAGGAGCAAAGGAACAAAGUCACGCUGACGGUGGUGUCCUGGCCGGGCAGCCUGGUCUGAAAGCUCAGCCCAACAGCCCCGUUUCAGGUAUCAGCCAGCAGCUGGCCACCACACAGAGCUGAACACCUGACAGAUAGAGGGGAUGCUGAACUCUGCCCCACACAGUGUAUUGCCAUGGAAGACUCUGAGCUGCCUUUCUGCAGCAAAGGUUUCCUUGCUCUACUGGGCUCUCCACACAUCUGGUCCUUGGCCUCCCAGUAACAGUUAAUUGAACAGUGCUGCAGCUUCCUGGGCUUAUGAAAGCUCUUGAGGGUUGGUGUUGCAGAGAAAGCUCUUCCCAGUGUUUCUCUACAAACAGCCCAGGGCCCCUGCCUCUACUUUAGAGCUCUGCUUUAGAUUUGGUGUUUUGAACAGGUUAAAAGAGGCAUGAAGGUCCCAUUUCCCCUCCUGGUUUAGUGCAGUUCUGCUCCUGAUCCACCAUUCUUGGCCAUCAAGUGAUUUUGAACUUUCUAAAGCCACUAAUAAAACUCUUAAGGCUGAGGACCCAAUGAAAUAGCUCCUCUAAGCCCCCAGACUUGCUAUUUUUAGGUUAUUGAAACCUAAUGAAUGUGUUUGUAAACCCCAACUGUAACUCAUAGCUGACAGCUGCGGAGCGGCUUGGUCAGCACAGUGGAACUGGUGACCUGUAUGAAGGUCCCAUCACCAGGUAGCUGUCAGGAAUCAUGGGUUAGGACCCCGCCUGAUACUCCAGUGUGUGGUGAAUCCCCACUGGGGAUCCUGCUGAUCUUGAUUUGCUGCAACUGGGUGAUUUACUGCUUGAAGAAUCACUGUCAAAGGCAUCGGCAAAAGUGGUUUC